AUGCUGACGCGCGCGGACAAUGCCAACAUCGAUAUUCCGGCCCUGAUGGCCGACAUGGGUGCACGGGCGAAAGCGGCAUCCGCGCCAUUGGCAUUUGCGACACCGGAGCAGAAGAACGCCGCGCUUCAUGCGAUGGCCGACGCGAUCGUGGCUUCGGAAGACGCGAUCCUGUCCGCCAACGAGAUCGACAUGGAAGCGGGCCGCGCCUCCGGUCUGGCGGGCGCGUUUCUGGACCGGCUCCAGCUCGAUCCCGAUCGCGUCAAGGCGAUGGCCGACGGCAUCCGCGCCAUCGCCGAACUGGACGAUCCGGUCGGCUCGAUCAUCGCGCAAUGGGACCGGCCCAGCGGCCUGCACAUCGAACGGGUGCGCACGCCGCUCGGCGUGAUCGGCGUGAUCUAUGAAAGCCGGCCCAACGUGACCGCCGAUGCCGGCGCGUUGUGCCUGAAGGCUGGCAAUGCGGUGAUCCUGCGCGGCGGCUCGGAUUCGGUCAAUUCCUCACGCGCCAUCCAUGCCUGCCUGCUCGACGGCCUGCAGGCGGCGGACCUGCCCGCCGAUGCGAUCCAGCUCGUGCCGGUCACCGAUCGCAAAGCAGUCGGUGAAAUGCUCAAGGGUCUGGGCGGCACGGUGGACGUGAUCGUUCCGCGCGGCGGACGCAGCCUGGUCGAACGGGUUCAAACCGACGCGCGCGUGCCGGUCUUCGCUCAUCUCGAAGGGCUGUGCCACGUCUAUGUGGAUGCUUCGGCCGAUAUCCACAUGGCCUGCGAUCUGGUGGUCAACUCGAAGAUGCGCCGCACCGGCAUUUGCGGCGCCGCCGAAACGCUUCUGGUCGACCGGGCCGCCGCUCCGGCCAUGCUGACGCCGAUCCUCGAUGCGCUCGACGCGGCGGGCUGUUCGGUUCGCGGCGACAAGGACGUCGUCGCGGCAUGGCCCAAGGCCACGCCGGCAACCGAAACCGACUGGACGACGGAAUAUCUCGACACGAUCAUCUCCGUCGCCCUUGUCGACGGUGUCGGCGGGGCGAUCGAUCAUAUCGGCCGCUAUUCCUCCAAUCACACCGAGGCGAUCGUCGCCGAGGAUCGGGCUGCGGUCGAUCGCUUCAUGACAGAGAUCGAUUCGGCGAUCCUUUUGCACAAUGCAUCGACCCAGUUCGCCGACGGCGGCGAGUUCGGGAUGGGCGCCGAGAUCGGCAUUGCCACCGGCAAGAUGCAUGCGCGCGGACCGGUCGGCGUCGAGCAACUGACCUCCUUCAAGUACCUUGUGCGCGGCAGCGGCCAGAUCCGGCCAUAA